AUGUCCUUGCAACUGAGGGGUCGGCCCAGGCUUUCCUUCGAAAAACGCUUUCGUCUCUUCACCCGAGCUUUUCAGCAAGGUCCCGCAGGCGAUCCGCCAGUCUGGGGCUAUCAGCGUCCUGAAUCUUUUCAGUUGCCAGAUUUUACGCCUGAGCAACUUUUAAACCGAGCUUCUCAAGCGUCGUUAGUCAGGCUGGUAGACUCCUAUCGACGCCAUGCCCAUCGAUCCGCAAGUUUAGAUCCACUGUCCCUGACCCCCCGACCGUCAGUGCCGGCGUUGGAUCCCAGAAGAUAUGGAUUUGGAGUUUCUCCGUCGUUUUUGAAAGACAGGUUACACUCAAAUCACAUAGCCAAUGAACUUCCGAGUGAAAUGAUAGAUGAGUUGGGAGAUGAGACUAAGCUCUGGUCGGUGGACGGGGUCGUUGGCAUGGGCACCAGGACUCCAGGCGGAGUUCAGCGGACUUUGGGAGAGAUUAUCGAUCGACUCCAGCAGGUCUACUGUGGCCGAAUUGCUUACGAAUACAUGCACUUGCCGAACAAAUCCGAAAGAGAAUGGCUGUCUGACACACUGGAGUCCAAAGUACACGAUAUGUCGAUCGGGGAGGACUGUAAACUUCAUUACUGGCAACUUCUUUAUCGGUCGGAAGCUUUUGAUAAGUUUCUAGGUACCAAGUUCCCCAAUGUCAAGCGUUAUGGUCUUGAAGGGGGGGAGAGUAUGCUGGUGGCAUUGGACCGAAUCUUCGAAGAAUGUAGCGCUCAUGGGGUCAAGGAUGUGAUUGUCGCAAUGCCCCAUCGGGGUCGCUUGAAUUUCUUGACUCAACUGCUAUCCUUGGAUCUUGAUAUAUUGCUGAAGAAGCUCAAAGGCAAGGCAGAAAUUUCAGAAGAUCUGCUCCGUGAUACUCCGGCGUACACGGGUGAUGUCCUUUCACAUCUGACGACCACAACAUCCUUGCGAUCUCGGGGCUGCCCCGAUGGCAAACCUGUCAAUGUUCACGUAUUACCCAACCCAUCACAUUUAGAGGCUGUUUCUCCCGUGGGUUUGGGUGUUGCUCGGGCACUCAACAUGCUGGACGGGGUAGGGCCGUACCUCGAAUCGUUGCCAGUCAAUGAAAAGCGGAUUGGUGACGAGGUCUUGAGCGUUCAAAUCCACGGGGACGCCGCAUUUGGGGGGCAAGGGGUGGUGGCUGAAACUCUAAAUCUCAGUACUCUUCCACAUUUUACUGUUGGAGGAAGCGUGAGGCUAGUUCUGAACAACCAACUGGGAUACACCACUCCCGCGACGGAAGGUCGGACAUCAUUCUAUGCAACCGACAUAGGUAAGUCUAUCAGCGCGCCCAUUAUCCACGUAAAUGGGGAGUAUCCAGAGGAUGUUUCGAGGGCUCUAUCAUUGGCGUUCGCCUUUAGAAAUCAAUUCCGAAAGGAUGUGCUCAUCGACUUGGUAGUUUACAGAAGAUGGGGCCAUAACGAACUUGACGAGCCGACCUAUACAAGUCCACACAUGUACCGAAAGAUUGAUUCGCUUCCGAGUGUUCCCACGCGCUACGAAAAAGAGCUUCUGGACAGCAAAGUGUUUGAUGUUCAAACUCUAUCCAAAAUCAAAUCCACCGUUGAUCAGGAAUUUUCUCAAGCUCUCGAUGUUCAGCAAAGCCCUCUUGGAAAUAAGAAUGCCGGGAAGACGAGCUUGAUGCACUUGGAAAACAUGGUUGGGAAUCGACCGUGCCCUCCUCAUAAAGCAAGACAUAUCAGCCAGGACGCUGAAACUGGCGUGAGCCUCGCACGUCUUCAAGAAGCUGGGCGCGCCUCAGUAACCACUCCAAAAGACUUCAACGUCCAUCCAAGGCUACAAAAGAUGCAUAUUCAGAAACGUCUCCAGGCCCUCGAGAACAAUCCCGAAGCUCCCAAGCCAACAAUUGAUUUUUCAACCGCUGAAGCGUUGGCGUUUGGUACUUUAUUGGAGGACGGCUUCGACAUAAGAUUGUCGGGACAAGAUAGCGGUCGAGGCACAUUCUCUCAGCGACAUGCCCUCUUGACAGACCAGGAUGUCGAAGGCCGAACAGUUGUGCCGCUAAACCAGUUAGCAGCUCAAGAUCCCGGUAGAGGCAAGCUAGAGAUCGUCAACAGCCCCUUGAGUGAAUACUCGGUCAUGGGCUUUGAACUGGGAUUUUCCUACAUGACAUCCAGAACCUGUUUAGUCCUCUGGGAAGCUCAAUUUGGCGACUUUGUCAACACGGCCCAAGUGAUUGUUGAUCACUUCCUUGUUUCUGGUCAAUUCAAAUGGCCUACAUUUCAAAGUGGCUUAGUAUUACUCCUUCCUCACGGAUUGGACGGGGCUGGACCGGAACACUCAUCCUGUCGAAUCGAAAGGUUCUUGCAGGCCGCCAACGAGCCGUGGUUGUUCGGAGACCGAUCUACUCAAGUUGGAUUCGAGGGCGAAAAUAUCUCGGUUUGUAAUGCGACAACACCUGCCCAAUACUUUCACCUCUUGAGAAGGCAGAUGAAAACGGCAAGAACGAAGAGCCCGAAAGGAUUGGUAAUUUGCACGCCGAAAACGAUGCUUAGAGCUCGAGAGACUUUCAGUCUUUUGAAUGAAUUAGGCCCCGGCACGUCUUGGAAAGAAGUUCUAGACGAUCCUCUCUUGCAAAAAAAUGCAUCCAAAGAUAGCGUUGAAAGACUCGUUUUAUGCAGCGGAAAAGUUUACUAUGAUCUAGUGAAAAAGAGACACGCCUUGGAUCUCGAUUCAAAGGUUGCUUUGGUUAGGGUUGAAGAAUUGACCCCAUUUCCGUAUCGAUCUUUACACCAAGUGAUCAGAAGUUAUUCAUCAGUUAAAUCUGUCAUUUGGGCCCAGGAAGAGCCACAAAAUGCGGGAGCUUUGAAUUUCGUGGCUCAUCGAAUAAGAGAAGUUUUAAGCAAAAUGGGAAACGCGGGUUCGUUUCUCAGCGCUGACCAAGCUCCGCCAAGCGAUUCAAGUCAAGAUUCAUCCCUCUCUGGGACCGCAGACGGACAAGGUAUUCAGUUAGGGUUUGUAGCUCGGCCAAGCUGUGCCUCUUCUGCUACUGGAAUCAGCGAACGGUUCAAGCAUGAACAAAGCCGGCUGGAAAAUAAAGUGUUCGACUUGAAUCUUGUCCAAAGUCCUUUCUAA